GCCGAGAAAGACUUCGGAUGGCAGCCCUCGCAGGGGUUUGACGAGGCCUGGCACCCACCACACGAACAACAACAUGGACGAAACCCUCCACAUGAGCAUCGAGGCUCGAUUGGCGGUUCAUCGGGACUAGAGGCUGCAAAUAAACUCGAUCCCAUAUUCGUUGCUGGGCCUGACGAGGAAUCGAUGAAGUACGCUGACCACCCCAACAUACACCAUCUCCGCGGCUCGAUCAGUGGCGCGUCCGGUCUUGAGGCUGCUGAGAAGCUUGACCCUCCUGAAGAAGCGACAGCCCGUCUCACAGACGAAGUGUCCGCUCGUGGCCCCGGCUACAGCCAACCCGACCCAUCAUACCAUCAACCAAAACCCACACAUCAAAGCAGUGUCCUGAACAUGCUCGAGCGGGAUGUUGACUCGCAGCAAUACCACCCGCCAAACCGCGCUACUACAGAGCCUAUGUCCCAAUACGAUGCACGCUACGAGAAUCCAUCGCAGUCAGAAUUGGGAAGAUAUUCGCCCGACUCAGACGAUGAGCUACUUCGCCAGUCACGCCGAAGAAGCCGUAAGUUCUCAUUCCAAAGACUGAAGUAGCUUGCAGCUAUUGGUGUCAUGUCAGAUAGCAAGCGGAAGGGUGGCUGAUACACUACGGUCUCUAGAAGCAAAAGCCGAUCCCUCUGCCCCCAUUGUUGGACCCAAGACAAUGAAGAAAGAGCCUAAGUCGACCACGAAUCCUCACAAGAGUGGCC